GUACAACCAAAAGAAUAAUUUUCUCGAUGAACGACGUGUAAAUCGAAUCGAAAAAAGUAAAAAAUUUUGCAAAAACACAGGUAACAGAAAGCUCCUGGCAGCUGGUAAGGAAAGUUAAUUGCACCUGGAUAGAGCGAGAUUAAGCAGAAUGGAUGCUUCCAAAGAUGAAACUACGGAGUGUAAACCAUCGACGGAUCCUCUUGAUUCAUAUUUUUUAAUUCCGGGUAACAACCUAUCUUUAACGGCCAGCAUGUUUGCAGAAUAUUUCACAAUCACAACAGACAGCUACAUUUCUCUAUGCGCACACUUGUACGAGGUAUUAUGUGUUGGAAAUUCAAAGUUCAAAGACGAAAUUUCUGAGUCAGCAUUUCAAUAUUACGCAGUUAUGUUACUGUGGCAAAGACUUCGACAGUUUUUACCUCUCCAUUUGGUCAGAUUAUCACCAUUUCUGGACAAGCUUUCUCACUUCGAUCAAUAUUUGACAAGGACUCCCAGACCGCUUGAAAUAUACUUGCGAGGGAUUGGAAAUUUCCGCCAUCCCUACUUGGGUGAAAUGCGAUUUCAACUGCCUUUGACUGUGACUAGCGCAACAUUUGAUUUGGCUACCGGUGCCUUUGGAAAAAUAACCGACAAAACGCAUUUUUUGUAUGAAGCAUUCCCUGCUCCAGGGAUUGCAGCUCUGCGCAUUUUAGCCGAUCUCAAGCAUACUAGUUCUUCUGGCGAUCCUGUUUGGGAUUUACCCCAACGCCUACGUCCUGAUUUCGAGGUUAAUGAAAAUCAGGUUCCUAUGCCAACAAGGAAUCUUUUGGGUUGGUCUCCAGCCCAGUGUUUGACGGAUGGUCAGCUGGGAUUACUGAAAACCUUAGAGAUAGAGAAUGAUCACUCACAAGAUGACUUGUCUAAGUUCUUCCUCAACAGCUGCAAAUUGCUAGCAACGAUCAGUGAAUACUUUUGUUCAUACAAACGUCCCGAAUGUCAUUUCACUUCGUCGCAUACCUUCCAAUUUGGAACAUCUGGAAUGUCUACUCCAUCUAGCACAGACAGAAUGAUCAAAAAAAGCAGAGUACAAUCACCCUCAAGUACUGAGGUUUUGACUAAAGAGUCUACUACCACCAAACCUGUACCAUUCCAUUUUGCACUUACAGCUUUACCUUCGAGCAAUUCAAAAGAAUUAACCCCUCAGCCGGUUCCCCAAAAUCUCGAAUUGAAUAAGUUUUUUGGUGGCCGAACAAGAUUUGAGUUGGCUAAUUGUAUACCGAUGACAGGAUCCAUAGUUCAGGGACUCUGUAUAAAAAAAUUUCAUGAUAAUAAGCCCCAUGAGUUUGAUAGAUACACCAUGUACUGCGAAGGAAAAAUAUCGGUGUUUUCGACAAUGAAGGUCGCCGAUAAUUUGGCAACAGGUGCUGCUAUUACUGGAUAUCGAAUGCCAAAGGAACCGAUCAAUAAUAAACACUCUUGGUCCUGCUACGAUUAUAACAACUACAAAGAGGUUCCUGAAUCCUGGAUUCACACACGUAAUGAAGUGUACACCUGGGGCAGUAUCCACGAAUCAAAUCAAUCUAUGUGGGUUACGGGAGCUGCCGACAAGUGGCUAUUGCAACACUUAUUCCUUGAUAAACAUGCGCUUUCCAAGUGA